AACAAAUUAUGACAUCAAUCUGGGUUUAUUAGAAAAAAAUAAAGUAUGCAGCUGGGAUGAACACGUUUUUAGAUUUUAUUUUUUAAUGUGACAGCAGCACCGGUUUGUGACAAGUACAACAACCCACAGAGACUCAAAGAGAGUCCAUUCUGGCAGCUUUUUUAGCUCCCAUGGAGGCGACAUUCAGUAACUCGACGCGAACACUUCGCGAGGGGCUGAUAUGAGGAAUUCAAGCCCUGACCCCCUUUUUUUCCUCCCUUCUUCUUCUUUCGUCAAAGCAAGAGCGCCGUUACGUCGGAAGAGUCGCCGGGGCUGCGGCUGCGAGUGCGAGUCCAUCAGCUGCCCGUUUGUUUUGUUUUUUUUCCCCCACUGGAAAUCCACAACAACAAUAACGCGAGAGCUCGCAAGUUACCGCACGGCUUCGGUCGCAACUGUCAAAGGUGGAGUGCGCGCGAGCCAACACACAUCACUGUGACAGUGUACGGCGGCCAACGUUUAACGAAAAAUCGCGAGGUAAGCAGCGGAGCGGCGAGCCGACCGAGAUUUUGACGUGUUUGCACAUUUUUCUUAUUUUUUCUCUUUUACUCCAACUAACCGUCGACAUUACUGCACUAAACAUAUUUAGUGCCUCCCUUCUUCUGCUCCGGCCAGCGCGAGGAUUUUUUUUUACUCCUCCUUCGUAAUAAAGUCGCCAUUUUGCUUCACUGCCUAUAUAAACCAUCCCGUAUUCUAAUAUUUUUCCUUAAGGAGUGUGGAACACAGCUGUCUUUCCGUUGUUUUCUGGAGUGUCUGAGGAAACACGGAGCUGGGAGAAGUGCCUCGUGGUGUACAUAUUAAUGCAGGAAAGGAGGGGACGCUGCGCCGGGAAACUGGAAAUAAGAGGGAACUAUCCGGGAUUUUCUCCCAUCAUUUGAAUAGGAAAUUCCAGUUCUCCGCUCCUCUUCGUCGUGUGUUGUGUGGGGAGGAGUGGGACACACAGAGAAACAGGACGACAGUGGCCGCUUCCUUCCUCUCAGCCUCCCCGACCUCCGCGUGACCGGCCCUUGGCGCUCGGCAGGUGUGAUUGCCAUGUAACAUAGCGUUGGUGGAAAAACGCCCACGUCGGUGCCUGUCUCCUGACCCCCCUCCCUAUCACGUGGGUGACCCGGGGCCACUCGGCUCCUGGUGCUGGGUGACUGCUCGACUGUUCAGGUAUGGAAAGCCCCAGUGGCCCCAGGAUUGGAAAGAUGUCCUCAUUGGGUCUGCCAAGAAGCCGGACUAAACAGUUGGAUUCCCAGGAGUUUGUUAAAACCUCACCAGCAUCUGAAAACAACAGCAAACAUAGUUUGGACUUUGAUGAUUCAGCAGAUGGAAAGAGGAAAAGCCGGCCCAAACCCGAAGUGCAGGAACUGAGAAGUAUUCCUGCUCAUUUAAUAGUACAAUGGAAGGAAGAGUUUAAGCGCCACUCCAGGGUUAAAUGUCCACGUUCAGGCUGUUGGUUAGAGUUUCCUAGCAUCUAUGGCGUCAAGUACCACUAUCAACGCUGCCAGGGGACUCCAGUGACUGAAAAGCUGAGUCAUAGCUGUCCCUACUGUGAGGCAACGUUUGCUACAAAAGUGCGUUUGCAGAAGCACAAGCUAUGGAACCAUCCAGACAAAGGCGCUAAGGAUACCAAGGAAGAACUACCUAAGCUUCAAAAGACGCACUUCAAGUCCAACAUCAAAAAAAGGCCAAUGGAGAACAGUCCUCCUUCUCCUGUGUUUUUCAAAGUGAAAAAAACACACGAAAUGUCCACGCCCUCCUACAAUGGAGAGCUGGCUCACCAGAGGAGUGAGAGGAAACAGCACAGCCACAGCCAGCCUCCACAGCAAUCUGAGCAGGUCCAGUCACUCCACUCUCAAUCACAAUCCCAAAGCACAUUAUCUGAUGCAGGAGGGAGUGAAAGCGAGGGCGGCAGUCUUCCCCCUUCAUUACCUGAUGAGGACCCAGAACGAAUGAAGCACAGGCGGAAGCAGAAAACUCCUAAGAAAUUCACUGGAGAGCAGCCAUCUAUAUCUGGAACAUUUGGAUUGAAAGGCAUGGCUAAAGUAGAGGAAAAAUUAAAGGCCGGUCGAAUGAAAAGACAAGAAGGGAGCGGAUUCAAUGAGGAGCAUCAGAGACGACCUUCCUCAAGUCAGUCCUCAAAGAAAGAGCCUGCACUAUCAAGCUCUGGUGCUGUUCACGACACUCAGUGGCAGCGAACAAUCUCCGAGCGAGGGGAAGUUGUGUGUCCGACCUGUUCCAUAGUCACCAGAAAAACAAUCCACGGCCUCAAGAAACACAUGGAGAUCUGCCAGAAGCUCCAGGAUGCCCUGAAGUGCCAGAAAUGUCACAAACAGUUUAGGUCUAAGGCCGGCCUCAACUACCACACUAUGGCCGAACACACCACCAAGCCCUCAGGGAGCGAAGGCCAGACCAGCAACGAGAACGAGGAGAGAGAAAGGCUGCGACGAGUGCUCAAACAGAUGGGACGAAUCAAGUGUCCUACUGAGGGGUGUUCGGCCCACUUUUCAAGCCUAAUGGGCUAUCAGUAUCACCAGCAGCGUUGUGGAAGAGAGUUCUCUGAUGAAGAGCAGCUUGCUUUUCUCUGCCAGCACUGUGGAAAGAAUUACCGCUCCAAGGCAGGCAGGGACUACCACGUACGCACAGAACACGCGCCGAGCAUCACCACGGUGACAGCCACAGCCACCAAUGACAGGAAGGACAGCCUGACUGAUACCAACAACAAUAAUGGCAAGGACAGGGUGGUGUCAGAGGAUUAUCCAGCACCAGCACGAAAAAGGGAACAAAGCGAGCCUGAGAGGAAGGACUGGCAGGAGAAAGCACCACUUCUCCAGCCCAAGGAGAAGGAGCAAGUAAAGGUAAAAGAGAAGGAGCAAAGCAAGGAAAAAGCAGCACAAACUCAGAUCCAGGAGGAGGACUUUGAAAGGACUCCCAGUGGAAGAGUAAGACGGCGGUCAGCCCAGGUGGCAGUGUUCCACCUGCAGGAGAUAGCAGAGGACGAGCUGGCGAAAGACUGGGGCACAAAGCGCCGCAUUAAGGAUGACCUGGUGCCUGACAGCAAGAGGUUAAAUUACACUCGACCCGGCCUCCCCAGCUUCAGCCCCGAGCUUCUAGAGUCCUGGAAGAACCAAGUCAAGGAAAAAGGUUUCAUCUGCUGCUCGAAUACUAACUGUGAAGCAGUUUAUUCCAGUGUGUCCGGGUUGAAGGCCCACCUUGCCAACUGCAGCCAGGGUGCUGGUGAGAUGGGAAAGUACACCUGUCUGAUCUGUCAGAAGGAGUUUAGCUCAGAGAGUGGUGUCAAGUACCACAUAAGUAAGACACACUCACAGAACUGGUUUCGUACCGCAGCCGGCCAUGUGGUGUCUGGUAACAAGAGCAAAGCGGAGGAAAACAAUGGGAUCAGAGCCGAAGUGAGGAACGGUGCCACCACUGGUAAGAAGAGAGGCCGCAAACCAAAAGAGCGCCUCACUGUGGACACCCCUCCACAAAUAGAUAUCGAAGCACUUACUCAGAAUACUGCCCUAACUGUGGCCCCUCCCUCUGGACCAGCACAGUCCCCGGCCUUGGUUCCCGACUGUACGGACGGUGACUUUCCACACCACAACAGACAGCCUGCCCCCUCGACCCCCAGACGGAGCAAACCCAAAAGGCCCUUUUUAGAGUAGCUCUGCCUUCACCCCCACUGGAGCCGGCGAGGAGCUUCAAACAUUGUAAAUGAUGGAAAACCUCUCGGACUCCACAGAAACUCGGGGCUUAUGAAGAAAACAGCCAAUAAGAAGGAAAAAAAGUUUCUGAUUCAAGACUUUUCGUGUUUGCACUGGUAUGAACAAUAUUCACAAAGGUUUUUUUCCUUCAUUCCACCAUUGUCUCCUUCUAAAGCUUUCAUUUUUAUUUGUGUUUUCACAGCAGGGGGGGUCGUAAUCGCAAAUCCAGACCUUAAACAUUCAUUUUUUUUUAUAACAAUCAUAAUUCUCUAUAUUAAAUGAAGAGUUUUCUCUGUGAGAUAUAUGUUGUGCUUGAGAGGUUUUAAAAAAAAAGAAAUUAUAUCAGCAUGAUGAAGCCAUUUAUUGAAAGCUAGUGUUGUCACAGAUAGACUUUCUGUGUACAUAAACAGUCAGUAUAUGUCUAUAUUUAAAGCAAAUAUUCAUUUUCAAGUUGAGCUACUUCAGUUGGCAGUCUAAGUUUUAAUGGGCGUACAUUUUUUUUUACUUUGUUUUUCAUUUGUUGGUCAGUUUUUAAGUUACUCUUGAAAUCUACUUUGACAGGAUGAAAAAGAUUGUCUGCCUUACAGAUUGUUUCUUCAGUUCUUUUUUAUUGAAACUGACAUACUAAAUCCCCCCUAAAAAACUAUCAAAAAAUCUUAAAUACAUUUUUUAAGUUAUGUUUAAUUCAAUAUUUUAAACAGAAUCUCCUUCUAUUAUUGGCCCAGGACAGGUAAAUAUUAGACAAAUGGAAGAACUUUGUGUGAAACUUAUCAACUUAAAGACUAUUGCAGCACAAUCACAUCAUUGUGACACCACUUUAAAUAGGGCCAAGCUUUGGCAACUGCUUUAUCUUACAUCUAAGCUGAAGAAAGAAUUUUAAAAUAUAUAUAUAUAUCUUUUAUAGAGUAUUUGAGGAAAAAUACAUCUUUAUUAAAGAAAAAAAAAACAUCAGAUUAAAAUUCACAGAAAGUAAUGCAUAUGCAUGAGUUCCUGGAAGCUCAAAGUUAUUGCCUUGCACUUUAACACUCGAGCUUUCAUGCUUGCCUUUUUGCACUCCAAGAAUAUACAACUGUAUCCAAGUGCAGGAGUGGGAAUACGUUUAUCUCCAAUGAAAGCUGGGGUUAAAAACUAAAUAAAAAAUCAGCACAGUUAACACUUUGAGUCUAGGAUGACAGUAACAUUUACAUCAGAAAGCCAUAACUGGUUAUAAAUAUAAUGUGUGCUGCCACUAAUUAUUAGAUUCAGAUUUGUUAAAAAAAUUAUAUACAUUUUAAGGCGUGGAAUAUUUUCGCUUGGUUAUGGAAAUCUUGAUUCUGUAGUAAUUUGAGCAAAUGGAAGCUCCAUAAAUAUUUAAUAUAUUAUUGUUUGUAUCAAUUCAAAAAUACUAUCUAUAAGACUGAAAUGUGGACUCUUUAAAUUUAAAAAUAAACUGUGGUGUGAGGAUAUUUUGGUGAAAAUAUAAGGGUGCUUUACUAGCCAUUCUACCUUAAAGACCUGAAACAACUCACGCACAUCUAUCGAUCCAUUCUGCCAUGUUCUUCAUGUUUGCAAGUUGUCUGAAUUUUGCACCAAAAUAUCAUGUCAUCAAGCGAAGAACUGAACUGGUCAAGUGUUCCUAAAACCACCAGGAACUGAUUCAAAAAUAAAUUAAUUUCCUCAGCUCUGAACUUUUAAAGCAUAAACCAGAGAUCCAGUUUGAUUUUUUUUAAAUUCCUAAUCCGACGAUGGAGUUCAUUCAGUCGGGAAUGGCUGCACUUGUUUUAGAGAUGGACCUUUAUCUUCUGUGGAGUUUUUGCUGAGGAAUUCAGACAAGCACUGAUUGGUCUGUGGACCUGUUCAAAACGAGUCGUUGGAACCUUCUGUGCGUUUGUGAGUAUGUGUGUGUAUCUCAAACAGUUAGCACCUUUGUAAUGGGUGAAUGUUAAAAUGGUGACACUUGUUAAGUGUUAAGCUGUAGCACAGGAUCACUUCAUUAGCUGCUUAUUUCUUGUCUCAUCGAUGGCGUCACAUUAACCUGGUUUACCUAAAAAGCUUUGGUGUUGCAAUAUGAUAGUUUAGCACUGCUUUUAACAGUGAGUAUUUUAUAUUUUAUCACUCCCUUUACUAUCUGUCUUCCUAUUAAGUGGAGAACGCAUACCUAUUCCGCAGUGUGAACGAACUGCAACAUGUUUAGAGAGUACAGCAAUACACCAUAUUUAGCUGUUUUUGUUGGCUUGCAACAAUUUUGAUAUCGAUGUGUCUGGUCAGACCUGUAUGGCUUUUUUUUACUCUCCUACUUUAUCUUUGAUUGCUUUGAAAAAUGCUUUUUACAAGUUAAAAAUUCUACAGAAAAAUUGGAAAAAAAAAGUUUGUAGAUUGCGAAGAACCUUGCAAGCCCGUGUGUUGGCAUACACUGUUAUUUGAUCCAUUUUGAUGAUGCACAUAAAUUGAGCUUUUUCAUUUCAUGAUGGUGGUCACAGAUUCUUUUCUCAAUAUCUAUUGAAUAUUGGACAACAAGGCAUAUGUAUGUGUGUUUGUUUCUGUAUUUAGUGCACUUAUUAUAACAUGAACUAGGCUUGAAAUAGGAGUGUCGUUGGAGCUUUCUAGUUACCUGGACUGUGUGUGGUGUGACUUUUGUACCUGGGGAAACAGGAAGCUCAAAUGUCUUCCCAAUGUCAGCAAUGUUAUUUCCAAAACCGAGGUUUAAUCCUUAGCAACCCCCUUAGACAACCUAAGAAUUUUAACCUUUUAUUUAAAUAACAGUGGUUUGUUUUGUAUGCUACCUACUUGAAAAGCAGGAAAUGACAUCCGGCUAUUGUGAUGAAACUUUUGAGAGUUUUACGAGAUGUUAUUGCAGCUCUUAACUAUUUAUGAUACAUAGAAGAUACAAUGAGACUAAUUAUGUAAUAAAGAUAUUCCAAAUCUGAUAUCAAGCUGUACAGUAUCUAACAUUUGAGGAAUCAUGACCUCCUUUGCGUCUGAUCUGUUACAAAUUUCUCCCAAACUUGUUGUAUUAUCUGUGCAUUAUUAUUCCUCAACUAAUUAAUAAAAGUUUGUUGACUAAA